UCGAACGCAGUUCAUUGUGAAUUUGACUGACUUUGUAGUGUGCUCGUUGCGAAAAAGUAGCAUUUUGCCAUUUCUUCAGCACCUAGAACCAGCGUGUUUUGUAUUUGAGAAUUUGUGAUUAUAUUUGUACACAUGACUCCAAGGCAUUUUGAAUCACCAAGACUCCUGAAAGGAAAAUAAACAGCAAAGAUACAACUACAAAGCUCUAAGAUCUAGGCAAAUUGACCCGAUUUUAUCUUUGUAAUAUUUUUGGUUUCUUUUCGUUUGUGUAUUAUUCGCUCAAUAAGAACUAACAACCAGUAACCACAAAUUAUGAACAACAAGGCUGACGUCAACAGACGAGUUUUGGCCAUACAAGCUAAAAAGAAACGUCACAAGCCAAAUAAGAAACGCGGUAAAGCAAAUGGUGUUGCCGGUGGUCAACAGCAACAGCAGCCGCUGCAACAACAGCAGCAAGAGUACGAUGUAAAUGAAGAAAAUUCAUCGCCACCAGAUGUUGCCAUCAACAAUCAUUUGGAGGAUAGUGGGCAACAGUCGCCCAAUUUCGUAACAGAUGUCUGCGAUAUUUCGGCUAAAAUUCCGAAAUCUUUUUGUGCUGCCCCAUCCUCGAGCGGUUCAAAUUCUUUAGCAGAUAAUACACCUAUAACUGGCUCUUCCAAUACAUUGGAUGAGGUGAAUUUUAUGCAAAGGUCUUCGACUACAAAAUCAACAAAGAAAUGUAAUGCAGCAAAACAAUCUCAACGUAGUAGUGGUCACCAUAACGAUGAUAACGAUGAUGAAGAUUAUGAUGAUGAUGAUUAUCGACAACAAUCUUCCCAACAGGAUUAUGCAACAGAAUCGUUGAAUCAUGAUGAUUAUAUGCAUUAUCAAAAUCAACAACACACAGAUCCUAUUUAUCAUGCUGAACAUCUGAAGAAACAGCAGCAAUUGCAACAGCAACAACAACAGCAGCAAACACAACAACAACAACAGCAACUACAACAAUAUCUUUAUCCACCACGCAGUUCUUCCAACGAUUCCGAAGAAUCCGAAAUAAAUAGUGAAAAUGAUGAACAAGAAUUAAAAGAGGACUACUGCAGGGGAGGCUAUCAUCCAGUUAAUAUUGGUGAUCUAUUUCAAGGACGUUAUCAUGUUGUACGGAAGUUGGGCUGGGGUCAUUUCUCUACCGUAUGGCUCUGCUGGGAUUUGCAAGAGAAACGUUAUGUGGCCAUAAAAAUUGUCAAAUCUGCUCAUCAUUUUGCAGAAACGGCAAAAGACGAAAUAAAAAUACUCAAGUCUGUGCGAGAUUCAGAACCGAACAAUCCACGUCGUCAAAAGACCGUCCAGUUGUUGGAUGAUUUUAAGAUAUCGGGUGUGAACGGUACUCAUAUUUGCAUGGUGUUCGAGGUAUUGGGUGAUAAUCUCUUGAAACUCAUUCGCAAAUCGAAUUAUCGCGGCAUACCGAUCAAUAAUGUUAAAACCAUAACACGUCAAGUGCUUGAAGGCCUUGAUUAUCUGCAUAAAUGCUGUAAAAUUAUACACACCGACAUCAAACCGGAGAAUGUCCUGCUGUGCGUGGACGAUAAUUACGUACGAAAGCUGGCGAAUGAAGCAACAGAACUUUACGUUAUGAACUUUAAAAUGUUUCCAUCGUUUGUCAGCCGGGCUCCGAAGGAGUAUCGCGAACCUCAAAUAACGGGUAAAAUGAGCAAGAACAAAAAGAGGAAAUUGAAGAAAAAGGCCAAGAAACGCCUAGAGCUAUUUAAGAAACAAUGGGAUUAUUUGGAACAAACCGGUGCGGAGGGUGAGGCAGGUGGUGUUGUGGAUCCCAAUAAACCGCCACAACAAAAACAAGAUGAUAGCAGUAAUAGUGGUGGUAGCGGUAGCGCUGCUACUUCCAAGAAAUCAUCCGAACAACUUGUACAAAACGGCGAUGCUUCUGAUGUGGAAAAUGACGAGGAUGAUGCGGUACAGGAUGAUGUAGCCGAAGAAAAAGCGGCCGAUGCUGAUGCUGACGACGAUGACGACGUGGCAGUUAGUGGUGGUAAGGCUACUACUACUGCUAAAACUAAAACUCAAAAUAAACCACCAAUUAAACCACAUGCUGGUGGUAUUAGUGUCAGUGGUGGCGGUGGUGCUGAUGAAAACGAUGUUUCUACGACUGGAAAUCAAGAAAAUAAGAAGAAAAAGAAAAAGAAGAACAAAAAAAAAGCCAAUCAACAGCAGCAACAACAACAACAACAGCAGCAGCCAAUACAAAAGGAACAGCAGCAACAAAAAGAUAAAACGGUGGCAACUGAAACAAUUUCAACAACAUCGUCCAGUAGUGGUAGCAACACAAUUAAAGGAGAAUUGAACGAUUCAAGCAGUUCGUCCGCAACUUUAAAGGGGCAAUCAUCUAAUGCUGGAGAUGGUGUGAAACAACAACAUAAACAAAAAAAUAAGACUCAUCCUUCAACAAACAACCAAAAUAAAACGAAUAAUAACAACAAUAACAAAACGAACAAUAAAACAAACAAUAAUCAGAAAAAUUCAAAUAAUCAACAGCAGCAAAAUCCACAAUCGCAACAGCAGCAGCAACAACAACAACAGCAAACAAAUGGUCCAACUGAACGUCCUCACAAACAAACGCCAAAAAAAGAUCCAGCCCUGGAGCCUUGUGAGUUUGAAGUUAAAAUUGCCGACUUGGGCAAUGCAUGUUGGGUCGACAAGCACUUCACCGAAGACAUACAGACACGUCAGUAUCGUUCAUUGGAAGUGAUAUUGGGUGCUGGCUAUGAUUGCUCAGCAGAUAUCUGGAGCACAGCCUGCAUGGCCUUUGAACUGGCAACUGGGGACUAUUUGUUUGAACCGCAUUCGGGUGACAACUAUUCGCGUGAUGAAGAUCACAUUGCCCACAUAAUUGAACUGUUGGGUCCCAUACCGCCGCACAUUAUAUUCCGUGGUGCAUAUGCCACACAUAGUUUUAAUCGUAAAGGUGAGUUGCGCAAUAUUACCGGACUGAAGCCGUGGGGUCUUGUCGAUGUGCUACACGAAAAAUACGAAUGGGCAUUAGAAGAGGCUGAAUCAUUUGCUGAGUUCUUGAGGCCAAUGCUAGAAUUUGAUCCAGCUAAAAGAGCUACAGCAUCGGAUUGCCUGCAACAUACUUGGUUAAGAUAAAAUAAACUAAUUAAACCCUGUCCAUCAUCAUCACCACUACCACGACCACCAUUGUCAUUAUCAUCUCUUACACCCACUGCAACUUCUACUUCGGCUACAAGAACUAGAACACCAACUACUCCAACAUAUUUUUCGUCUUCGUCUUCUCCUUCUUCGUCUGCUGCUACUUCUACCUCUUCUUCUUCCGGAUCAUCCUCCUUGAUACAGUUAGCAACACUACCACCGCAAACACUUCAUCCACGUCGUUACAUACCCUGUUUGUCUCUGCCAGCUCCAAUAGAUUGUGAUUUAGCUGACGGCACUUGCAGCCCGGCCACGUAUUUACGUUCGCCCUCAAUGCCUGCCGCUAUUCCCUCUAUGGAAAGACCAUCACCAUCCAAGAAAACUAAGAAUGCACCGAACAACCGAUCUCCAUCUCAAUCCUUGAUAACAUCAUUUUGGCGUCUCUCCUCUUCAAAGUCCUUAUCACCGCAACCGGUUACUGCAACGAAUGCUGCGCAUAAUUUGUGCUGGCGCAAAACACUGCGUCGCAUGUUUAAGAAAAAGUGAAAUAUGAGAUUACGAACCACAAAAUUUGUAAUGGAAGAUUUCUAUAGCUAUAUACGUUUUUAUAUACAUCUGUAUACAAAAUUAUAUAUAUAGUACUACGAACAAGAAGAUAAAUAGAUAGAUUGGUGGUAUUUCUCUCCUCUCAGUUAACAACUCUCCAGUUUUUAGGCAUUUUUUCUUAAGUAAUUUAAUAAUUUUAGUUUUGUUUUAUUUUAUUUUAAUUAUUUUUAUGAAAAAUCGAAGACUAACAAAUGAAAAUGAAAUCAUUUUAAUAUGUUACAAAUUACAUUACUGUGUUUUUUUAUAUUUCAUUUAAUUUUUUAUUUCUUUUUUGUUCUGAUGAAUAUACAUUUUUAGUUGGAUUUUUCCCCCUUAUUCAAAACAAAACAAAAAAAAAUAAAUAAAAUGGAGCGUGCAAAUUACUGAAAAUGGAAUAAAAUAAAUCUUUUUAGAGAGUAAUUUAAUUUUAAAAAAAGAUGCCACUUCUACGUAUAAAAAAAAUUAAAAAUAAAAUACAAAAAUAUAAAUAUAUAUAAUAUAAUAAAUACAAUACAUACUACAUUUAAUUAAAAUAACAUUAGAGCUAAACAAACACAUUAGAACUGUCUUUAAAAAUACAUACAUUCAUACAUAUGUGCAUGAAUACUUUUGAAUAUUACAUUACAACAAGUUUGAUUUUAAUUAUUUUGAAAAACAUAUAACAUAUAACGUACGGUUUUCUAAAUAAUUUCAAUCAAAUUUCGUACUCAAACAAAAUUAAUCAUUUCAAGCAAAGUUAUUACUUUAUUUUUUAAUUUUUUUUUUAAUUAAUCUCUCAGAUAUCAAAUCAAACUUUGCUUUAACUUGUAAACUUUAAUGACUCUGUUUAAUAAUUAUAAUAAUUCUAAAAAUAAUAAAUUAACUUAUUUUUUUCCCGCAA